AUUCAGACGUUUCGGGAAUACGCAAACUAUUUGAAUCUGAAGUACUUAUACACAGCUGCGGUCAAAAACCUUUAAAAUUCAUAUUUCAACAUAUGCGUUCAAUAUACUCCAGUCUGAAAGAGGUACACGGUACCAGUGUUAUUUAUAUAGAGCGAUGUAAACAAAAUCAGAAUCAAAAUGCCGGGACGUCUGCGCUCUUUUAGCCCCAGAUGUGCAUGGCAGCUACUGCGCCACUUUAGCCAUAGUCCGCUUGCCCAGGGUCGCCUGGACGGAUCCUACAGCAACGCGGUGGUGAUUGCGGCAGCAGUGAGAAUGCCGAGCGUUUCGUUCCGGGCGGAGGAGCAGCAGCUGGCGGGGAUGGUGCUGGACGAGCUGGUGAAGCGGACCAGUGUGCCACGCGAGGAGUACAAACAAGUGAUCGUCUGCUCCUCCAACACGACUCCGGCUCCGGAGUGCAGGGUGCGACUGACCAGAGUGGCCAAGGACCUGGGCCUCCAGUGCGAAACGCUCGCCCUGCAGGACGACGUCUGCUCCAUCGGCGGCCUGCAAAUGGCCCUGGACAGCUUGCAGCGCGUGGGCGACCAGUGCAUCAUCACGGGCGAUCUGCGCUGCCAGGUGAUGCAGCCGACGCACGGCGUGCUGGCCAACGAACUAAUGGCUGUUCAGCAGCCACCGUCACGGACUCGCAACCAGGCUGGAGCGGCGUCGAACACUGGACUGAGCACUCUGGGAGCCGCUGCCCUCUCCUGGACCACUAUGCAGACGGCCCAGCGGCUGCAGCUCCAACCGCUCGCCCUGCUGCGCGAGUUCGCCGUGGAGCAGGACCACGAGCAGGCAAUGUACCGACUGAAAGACAGACAGCCCAUCACACCCAGCGAGAUUCACACCUGGAACAUGGUCACGGGCACGCAGAAGGCACUGCCAGAAGGCGUUCUCGGUGACCUCCACGCCAACCGCCUGUGCACGCACGACUUCAGGCAAAUCACAGCCAGCCACCUGCUCACGCACCUGGUGCACUCGCUUCCCGCGGGCGGACUGGGAUGCACCUUCAUGGGCAUGCCGGAUGGCCGCUCCAUGGUCUUGGUUCUCGAAAAACUGGUGCCAAGCAUCGACCAGGAGCAGGGCCUGCCACUGAUCACUCUGUAUACCAGGGAGCCGUGUCCGUUGUGCGAUGAUCUAGUGCACCAAUUGGAGGAGCGUUUUGCAGGACAAUACCGUCUGGAGAAGGUUUACAUCGACCGCAAGGAAAACGUUCGGUUCCUGCGUCUUUUCAGACAUGACAUUCCUGUUCUGUUCCUCAACGGACAGUUCCUAUGCAUGCACAGGUUGAAUGAAGAAGCGCUGAUGGAGCGACUGGAAGCCCUAAACCGAUCGCGUUGAGAGUGCUGAACACAUUGCUAUUCCAGUACACUUCAUAGGUUCGUACUGUUGCUAUUGUCAAAUCUUUUAUUUUGCCCAGGGCUCUACUUAUUAAAUAGGUCAACUAGUCGCCUUAUGUACAGCUUUUUAAGCUCUAAAGUCAUUCAACAAAGUCCCCUGAAAAUUACAAAACAAUAAAAUUUCACAGACCAUA